CAGACAUUUUAACAUAGAUAGAUUUUUUUAAAUCACUUUCAGACACAUGAGGAUUACAUCAUGUGUUUGUGCCAGUUGGUGUUUGUUUUCAUCUAAUCCCCUAGUAAUAAAGGUCAUAAACCUCUGGAAAUCUAAAUUUACACUCGGUGUAGGAUAUAAAUAUGAUCAGCAACUUCAGAGCUUCCUACUCUCCAUCUCUAGGACUGCAGCCCUGAGACGUCCUCCAUUCCACACAAUCAGGUUUCAACACGACAGUCUCGCUGCGGCUGCUCCAUCAAGAACUCUAUGGAGGGAUUUUUUUUUCAUGAUCAGCUACUCCUAAACAUCUCACUAGGACAAUGAAUGUGAGCACUGUGGAUGAACUGGCAUUUUGCUCCAAUGACACAUGUCAAGAUGUUCAGCUGAUGUCUUUUGCUGUAUUUCUUUAUGUCUUUAGGACAGCAGUGAUCAUUCUGACUGUGUGUGGAAACUUGCUUGUGAUCAUCUCCAUCUCGCACUUCAAGCAGCUCCACACACCGACAAACUUCUUAAUUCUUUCUCUUGCUACAGCUGACAUGAUGGUUGGAGUGACUGUCUUACCGAUACAAUUAAUACAUAGUGGUUUAUGUAUGCAGAUGAACAGGGUAUUUUGCUAUUUUUAUCAACUGUGUUCUUUUCAUUUUACCUUUCUAUCUAUUUAUAAUGUUUCUUUAAUUUCUUUGGAUCGCCUGUAUGCUUUAAGCUACCCAUUCCAGUACUCCAACAACGUCACAUUCAAACUUGUUUCCACAAUUAUCUGCUUGAAUUGGUCGACCUCAUUUUGUUACAACCUGGCUUUUAUAUAUUUUAAUGGACCUGGCACUGUGUUGUGUUUGGGGGAAUGCAACUUAGUAGUAAGUGGACUUUGGGCAAGCAUAGACCUUUUCUUUGUCUUUAUCUUGCCAUGUUCUGUCAUACUUCUCUCCUACAUGAAAAUAUUUGUUAUGGUUAGAAAACAUGCUAAAAGCAUUAACCUUGCCAGAGGGAAACACACCUCAGGGAAUGCAAAGAAUGGAGAGUGUGCUCCUAAAGCUUCAGAAAGGAAAGCAGCCACCACACUUGGUAUUCUGGUGAUUGUAUUUGUUGCAUGUUUGUUGCCCUAUUUCUUAAGUGUUGUAUUUAGUGAUAGUAUUCCAGGUACAUUACUAAUGCAGCUGCUUGAAGGGACUGUGCUUGUGUUAUAUCUGAACUCUGCGAUAAAUCCUAUAAUUUAUGCUCUCUUUUACCCCUGGUUCCGAAAAUGUUCAAAACUCAUUCUUAUGCUCAAGAUUUUCAAUCCUGACUCCUCCUUGGUUGAUGUACUUACAAGAAGUGGAUGACAAAAUAAUUGAUACAAUAAUAAUUGUUAAUAUGAAUUCAUUAUUAAUAAAAAUGUAUAUGACUAUAAUUGAUUAUCCGAUCUGGCUGAUGUAAUGAUGGUUGGUUCAGUAUAGGGUUAGUGCACAUUUGUAGAUUUUUUUAAUCAUCUAAACAAUCAUUACUUUACAUCAACAUUACCACAUCCACAAUUUUACUUAGCCAGUUUUGUAAAUAUUAGUUUAUUGAUGCUAAACUAGAAUAUCGGUAAUGAAGUACGCCAUUGCCUACAUAAAUUAUGAAUAUUUUCAAUACUAACAUGCUCGAAGUAUCCUCUAG